AUGGCUAGUUUAGAUCCAGGGAGGCCUUUAGUUAAUGCAUACGGAUCGAAAUUAUUUCGCUUGGGCCGAGAGGACGCUCACGUUGUACAAGUAGUUCAUACAAAUGCUGGUUACCUUGGUGUUGAAGGUCUGGUGGGCCACGCCGACUUCUGUGUAAAUGGAGGAAGAACACAACCGGGUUGUAAAGGACAUUUAAUGCGUAUUGCACGAUGUAGUCACUUCAUGAGUUCUUGUUACUUCGCUGCGAGCGUAAUGAAAAGCAAACGUCUAGUGGGGGUGCCAUGUGAUACUACUUGUCCUAAGGAGAAAGGCCAUUGGGGUGUAAAGUUUGAUAGAAAACCAGUUGUUCUAGGUGACGAGAUGCCAGAGGGGUCACGAGGGAUGUAUUGCAUCAGUUUUGAACACAACCACGAUUGCCCAUUUGACUGA